AUCAUUAUCAUGCUUAGCUGCCAUCAGUAGCAUAUAAAAAGCGGUCAGAAGUUCCACAACGAUAUCAGUAAGCCUUCUCAAGUCUUCCAAUCAACAACAUGAAAUUCUUCAUUGCUUUCGCCUGCCUGUUGGCCCUGGCUGUUGCCAACGAAGAUGCCGGUGUCCUCCGCAGCGAGCAGGAAGUUAAUGUGGACAACUUCAAGUAUGCUCUGGAGCUAGACAACUCUGUAAACGUUCAUCAGACUGGUGAGCUGCAUGGUGAGGAGUGGAUUGUCAAGGGCGACCAAGCUUGGAAGUCUCCCGAGGGCGAGCCCGUGUCCAUCCAAUAUGUCGCUGAUGCCAACGGUUACCAGGUGCUGUCCGCCAACCCACCUCUGCCCACCCCACCACCAAUCCCAGAGGCCAUCCAGCGCGCCCUGGAAUGGAUCGCUGCCCACCCCUCCAAGGAAUAAGUUAUGUUUGCCAAAAAAUAAAUGCAUUAAAAAGUA